AUGCUGAUGAAGGCGAACAACGAGGUUAAGGAUUCGAUGCAUUACAAUAAAACGGUUGCACCAAGCAGAGGACUGUCCACAGAAGAAAUGCAACGCGUCAAAAAAACACAUGGCCUGCAAAAUCAGUCGGCAAAUGUGUCCCUUCAGCAGUCUCAGCAAGAAAAUGGUCAUAUGCAAAAACUAAACAAUGAUAAAGGACCGAAAGUCGACGGUGCUGAAAAAGUACCAGACUGCCGCAAGCAUUUUUAUGAGCAGAAAGAAACAGGCGACUUCGGGCGCAAACAUUGGCGCUAA